AUGGGUAACGAUUGCUGUACUCCGAGUCAAUAUCCUUACCAACCCCGUCCAUAUCAGGCAGGUGGUGGUUAUUAUCAAUCACCUCCUCAUCGUUUUCCACAUCAUCAAAAUCAUUUUCCACCAUCCAACGCGGGCUACUGUCCACCACCACCUGGCGCAGGAUAUUAUCCAUCAUCAUUUGAUCAAGGAUAUUGCCCACCACCACCUGGCGGCUCAGGUUAUUGUCCACCGCCUCCUAGUUCAGAUUAUUGUCCACCACCACCAUCGAUGGAUUAUUGUCCGCCUCCACCAUCUUCUGACUACUGUCCACCACCACCUUCAUCAGACUAUUGUCCACCACCAUCAUAUUAA